CAAAUACCUGUGAUUCUUAAGGCUUUUAUUACAAAUAAACUUAUUCUUUAAUCAUUUGGAUUAAAGAAAUUACUGAUUUAUCAUGGUUAGUUGGCAGAGGACUAAGAUAAGUAUGAAAUCCAUUUCUAAUAUGGCCAGUUUGAUAACUACAUUUGAAAAUCUGUUUCAUUGCUUUUUUUUUCUUAUAACAUUGUUUCUUGCUGUUUUAACUAAGCUGUCCUCCCUGCAGAUUGACUUUUUCAUCCGACAUCCUAGACUGAUCAGGUCAAUGUUUUCUAAACAGCACAUGUACAUAGCUAUUGCACCCUGUUUCUAUUCCUUCCCAUUAGAUGCUCUGUUCCACUCAUGUUCUGUUCAAUUAGAGCUGUGGUUUUGUUGUGAUAAUUAUUUUGAUUGUAUGAAAUGGGGGAGACUUUGAGAAAAUUAUUGAGCCAAUAGUGGAACUGGUUGAUCUAUGCUUCCAUGAUUUAUUUAGUUUACUCCCUACUUUGCAAUACCAGGGGAGAAUUAAAUUCUUCCCAUUUCCUGAAAGUUGAAGGAGGGAAUAUAAGAGACUGAAGGGAAGGAAACCAUAAUCUCACCCCAAAAUUAACUUAAUAAUGUCAGGAAGGGCUUUGAUGAAACCACUGGCCCUGCUUAUAGAUCUUAUUUUCCAAGCCUUUCAUUAUUUUAUUUGCCCUUUUCUGAACUCUACAAUUUCCCUCUCUUGUAGCUGGUUCGAUGCCCAGAACUGAAUGCUGUGUUCCAGCUGUGGCCUCACCGGUGCUGAAUAGAGAGGAAGAGCCACCUUCAUAGCUUACAUGAGCUGGAGUCAGAUGGCAGCACUAUGGAGGACUAUUCACAGGAGGACUGGGGAAACCACAGUCAGGAUCUCCAUGGCUAUCCAACAGAUCAGGAAUUGGAUGAAAUACCUGUCACAAAGAGAACAUUAAAAAUUAAACAGGAGUCUUCUGAAGAGGCACAGAAGCGAGACAUCAUGCAGAAUAUUGUGCAGAUUUUGGAGUCAGUACAAUUGAAAUGGGAACUGUUUCAGAGCUGGACAGAUUUUUCAAGGCUCCAUCUUUCUAAUAAACUGGCCAUUUUUGGAAUUGGUUAUAAUACCCGUUGGAAAGAGGAUAUCCGUUACCAUUAUGCUGAGAUCAGCUCCCAAGUGCCCCUUGGCAAGCGACUUCGGGAAUACUUCAACUCUGAAAAGCCUGAAGGUCGGAUCAUUAUGACCCGAGUGCAAAAAAUGAACUGGAAAAAUGUUUACUACAAAUUUUUAGAGAUCACUAUUAGUGAAGCUAGGUGCCUGGAGUUGCACAUGGAAAUCGACUGGAUACCAAUUGCCCACUCCAAACCAACUGGUGGGAACGUUGUUCAGUAUUUAUUGCCAGGAGGCAUUCCCAAAAGUCCAGGCCUUUAUGCCAUUGGCUAUGAAGAAUGUAUUGAGAGGCCCCUCUCACCCCACAUGGAGCGACAUUCUGUGGACCCAGGAAAAGAGGGCAGGGUUGACCUGGAAACCCUGUCAGCACAAGCCUCAUUACAGGUGGAAAUAGAACCCACCCGAAUUAUCUAUUGCUACCUCGGAAUUGCUGAGGUUCGGACUCUGCAGCAGUGUUUAUUUUUACAUUUCCAAGCAAAUACCAAAACCUUCAGCAAAGAUUGGGUUGGUAUAAAUGGGUUUUUGUCUCAGAACUGUAUUGUGGAUCCUGGCGUUUCCCCAAAAUCCAUCUAUAUCAAGUUUGUAGAAGUAGAGAGGGAUUUUCUUUCCGCUGGCUCUUUAGUUGAAUGCCUGGAAAAAGCCAUUGGAUACCCCUUAAAAUUUAAUAACUGAGUGUCAUCCUUCGUAAGGAUUUGGGCUCUUAUCUCUCUCUCAUACUCCAUUACCCAGGCCCUUCCUCAUUCAGAUGCUGCCAUCAGAUUCUUCCUGGGGACUCUCCACAUUUGGGCCAGUACAACCUCUAAGGAAUCAUAGUAGACUUUGGGCAGAAAAAACAGACUUCACCAGAAAAUGCUCAUUUUGAGCAAGCAAGAUAUAUAACAAACUUGUGUGGUGGGUCAGUUAUUUCUUUUUUAAAAAUUUUUUUAAAUGAAUUUUAGAGCCCUAAUUAAACAAAUGUAGGUGCAUUCCAUAUUGGACAAAACUUUGAGUUUCAUAUGAAAUUGAAAAAUUGUAUUUUUUUCACAAUGUUUCAUUUUUACACAUCUCUAUGUCUCUAUAUAAGUAUUAUUUACAAUGCUGAAUAAAUAAGCAAUAGAUAAUGGCAAGUUAAAUCUCGAGUCACACAGAAAAUAAGACUUUUUCAAUAUCACCUUUAGCUACUAUUGUAUAUAAUUUAGAGUUUCAUUUUUUUCACCAACUGUUUUGCUAUUUCCAAUCAGUGUUGCCUGCAAAGAUCUUUGUUUCUGUGAUGUACCAACUUUAUGGUUGUGUUACCAUUUAAACUUAAAAAAAAAAAAUUAAAGUAAUU